AUCAUGUAAUUAGGCAAGCUGGAAUCGCUACUACCCCUAAAAAAAUUGAGGCUACUACAGAUCAGCAACUAGCUUUCGAAGCACUGAAAGAAAAAUUAACUACUGCCUUCAUGCUCGCUUACUCUGACUUUUCCCAAACCUUUAUUCUUUUUACCAAUACUUCUGACCAGGCCCUUGGUACCGUUCUUGUUCAAAAUGAUAAUGCUUAUUAUAAGAGAGUUAUUUCUUAUACAAGUCAUAGUCUCACUCUAGCUGAAAAGAAUUAUUCUGUUACUGAAAAAGAAUGUCUAGCUGUCGUCUGGGCU